GGGGCACCUCCGCCUCAGACGCACGAUUUCGCGUGCGGUGCCGCUCGCCUCUUAUCCCUCCCCGGCUCCAGCCUCCGCGCACGAUCAAAUCGAAAAAUGGCGCUGCUGAGCCCGCGCGUGCCGCGGCUGCCGCCCUCCGCCUUCACCGCCGGCGCCGUCGGCGGGAUCCGGUGCUGCGGCCGCGGCGCGCGGUGCCAGGCGGCGGCGGCGGGCGGCGUGGCGGCCGCGGGCCCCCCGUCCUCGGAGCUGGAGGCCAUUCGGUGGGGCAGCGCCAAGCUGCAGGGCGCCCGCGACGAGAUGGAGGACGAGGUCGUGCUCCGCACGGGCUCCCUCCUCGACGGCUUCUCCUUCGCCGCCGUCUUGGACGGCCACGCCGGCUUCUCCGCUGUCCAGUUCCUCAGGGACGAGCUGUACAAGGAGUGCGCGGCCGCGCUGGACGGCGGCGCGGUGCUCAGCACUAAGAAUCUCGAGGCCAUCACGGCCUCCAUCCAACGUGCCUUCGCCGCGGUCGACGCCAAGCUCACCACCUGGCUUGAGCAAAUGGACAAGGACGACGACUCUGGCGCCACGGCUACUGCCAUGUUUCUCAGGAACGAUGUCCUUGUUGUUUCGCACAUUGGGGACUCUUGCCUGAUGAUAUCGCGCGGUGGAAGACCUGAAUCUUUGACGAGCUCUCAUCGACCGUAUGGGAACAACAAAACGUCACUUGAAGAGGUCAAACGGAUCCGGGGAGCAGGUGGAUGGAUUGUUGAUGGGCGCAUAUGUGGAGACAUUUCUGUAUCUCGUGCUUUUGGGGACAUAAGAUUUAAGACACGAAAGGAUGAGAUGCUGGUCAAAGGUGUUAAAGAAGGAAGGUGGACUGAAAAGUUCAUCUCACGAAUAAAAUUUAAAGAGGAUAUAAUAGUCUCGACACCUGAUGUAUCUCUGGUAGAGCUUGGACCGGAUGUGGAAUUUCUUAUAUUAGCAACUGAUGGUCUUUGGGAUUACAUGAAAAGCUCUGAAGCUGUAGCAUUUGUCAGAGAUCAACUACGUCGACAUGGUGAUGUCCAGUUGGCCUGUGAGGCACUUGGUCAGAAAGCUCUGGAUGAACGGUCACAAGACAAUAUUAGCAUAGUCAUAGCUGACUUGGGGAGGACAAACUGGAAGGCGUUGCCCGUGGAAAGGCCAAACUUGUUCUUGGAACUAAGUCAAGCAGUUGUGACUGUAGGGGUUGUCGCCGUAGGAAUUUGGUUCUCAUCGCUGCUUACAUUACAGUAGGACUAGUUCUGUUCAGAUGUGUACAUUACUUAUUGAGUUACAUCUUCUGCUGGUAGCUGCAAAUACAUGUAUAUUCUUAUAGGUCGAUUAAUAUAGCGUAAUCUGUUGUAUAAUGGUGAACGGGUGAAGUACUGAUGAAGAUCGUAUAGUUCAUCCUGCUGAUGACAGCUGAGUGGUUUGAGUCCAAUGCGACGGAAUGAAUGAUUUGUCCUAGAUUUCCUUUUC